AUGCCAUGUGCUACCGUGGCACUGAGAGGAGAUCAAGAUGUUGCAGCAGAAGCUGUCACAGGAAGUGGUAAAACUUUGGCAUUUCUUAUCCCAUUGCUAGAAAUAUUACAGAAAAGAAAUGAAGAGUGGAAAACUACAGAAAUUGGUGGUAUAAUAAUUUCACCUACAAGAGAAUUAGCUACACAAAUAAGUGAAGUAUUAGAUAAGUUCCUGAUAGAUAUUCCAAAAUUGAAACAAAUCUUGCUAGUUGGUGGAACAACAGUAAAAGAAGAUGCUAUAAAGUUGAAAAAAGGUGCAAAUAUUAUCAUUGCCACUCCGGGAAGACUAGAAGAUAUUUUUUCUAAUUGCAAAGAUGUUGAUUUAGGAAAAGCAGUCAAAUCAUUGGAAUUAUUGGUAUUAGAUGAAGCUGAUAGACUAUUGGAUUCUGGAUUUUCAAAAACAAUAAACACAAUCUUAAGUCAUUUGCCUCGUUUACGGCGAACUGGGUUAUUUUCUGCAACACAAACAAAAGAAGUGCAACAAUUUAUUCGAGCAGGCUUAAGAUACCCAACAAUAAUAACUGUUACUGAAAAAUCUAGCGUUUCAACACCUGCAUUAUUAAACAAUUAUUAUGCUAUAGUUGAGCCAGAUCAGAAAUUUGCAACUUUAGUGAAUUUUAUUAAAUCAACGGGUACUAAUCGAAAUGGUAUUCUUAUCUGUACUGAUGUAAUGGCUCGGGGAAUUGAUAUUCCUGAAGUAGAUUGGGUUCUGCAAUAUGAUCCACCAUCCUCUGCCAGUAACUUUGUACAUCGGUGUGGCAGAACUGCACGAAUCGGUCAUAAUGGAAAUGCACUACUCUUUCUUUUACGUACUGAAGAUGCGUACAUUGAAUUUAUUAAACGAAAUCAAAAAGUAAAAUUAGACCAAAUUAAUUUUGAUAAUUCAAUUGAUGAACUUGUUCAACAAUGUUUGAAAAGGAUGAGAAAUUUACAGCUCAAUGAUAGACUUUUAUUCGAUAAAGCUAAUUGUGCUUUUGUUUCAUACAUACAGUCGUAUAGUAAACAUGAAUGUAAUUUAAUUUUAAGCUUAAAAGAUUUAGAUCUCGGUUUGACAGCAAUGGGUUUUGGUCUUUUACGAAUGCCGCGGAUGCCAGAACUAAAAAAUCGGAAUUUGUCGUCUUUUGUAGAAGUUGAUGUUGAUACUAAUUCUAUCAAAUACAAAAAUAAACAAAGAGAAGAAAAACGAUUGGAAAAUCUUGAUAUUUAUCGUAAAACUGGGAAAUGGCCUAGUAAUGUAAAACGGCGUAUGAAAAAUACAGUGUCUUGGUCUGAGGCGAAAAAAAAGAAAACUGAGAAACAGGAUAAACGUAUUACGAAGAAAGAGAAAAAGUCUAAACAAGGAAAAACUGAUGAAUCUGGUAAGUUCAAAAAACGGAAAACUUCUAUGCAAGAGAUUUUAGAUGAAUUAUCUGUGUACGCUAAAGAAAAUGCGCUGAUGAAGAAAUUAAAGAAAAAAAAGAUAUCACAAGAAGAUUUCGAUGAAGCUGUAGACGUGUAA